AUGUCGUUCUCGCACUGGGCUGUCGAGCCCUGCAUCUCUGCCGGGACGCCCAAGUCCUUUCGCGACUCAGAACAUGAAGCCUGGGCCUACUUCGACAUUACCGUCUCGGUACAGUCGGGCCUGAUGUAUCAGAAGACAUCGCUGCAGGCCGUGCAGAUAUUUGCCCUGAAGACUGUGUUUGCACAGGGUGUUGGAGGGCCGCAGCCAGAGUACAUCUACUGUGCCAUCGCAGUGCGCUUGGCCACGGGUCUCGGUUUGCACAAAUCCUCGUCAAAGGCGUGGAAUCUAUCCGACCUCGAUAUGGAAGAUCUGGAGUCUGCACUGUCUCGACAAGACAAUUGCGUUUCGUACCGGUUGCCCCUCGCUGCUUGA